AACACAACAACCCACGAGCCAGUGGGUGACAAACACCUUAAGAUAACACCUUGAGUAACAUUAUGGUAAAACAAAAAAUAUCUUUCCUUCUUCGUUCCUUUUCUUCUUCUUCUUUCUUUUUCUUUCUGAAGAAAAGUGGUUUUGCUAAACUAUCUGUUGGGAUCAGCCAAGAUGGAAAUUUGGAGGACACGGACAAAUAAGAUCGUGGGUACUGGCUCAGUCGAUGCAGAAAGAGUUCGGAAAGGGAUGGUGGCUGCUCGAAAUAAAAUUGACUGAGAUUGUGCAAUCUUGAAAGCCCGCCCAGCAAGUGGUAAAGUUGUCUACAGCUUCCUUAAAGUGAAAGUAGGACAGACGUUCUCCAACUCUUCAGUCACAGCAAGCUAAUGUGUGGGAAUCUUGUGGGUGAAAAUGACAGCUUUUGAACUCCAGGGAAACACGCAGACAGUGAGACCUCGUAGAACAAUGGGUCUUUUUAACAAUAUCAAGUUUUUUGUACUGUGUCAUGGGAUGCUCCAGUUGGCUCAGCUCCUGGUGUCUGGCUAUCUGAAAGGCUCCAUUACCACUAUUGAGAAAAGAUAUGGAUUCUCCAGCCAGAAAUCAGGACUUCUGGCUGCUUUCAAUGAGGUUGGAAACACGGUUCUCAUCGUGUUUGUGAGUUUCUUCGGGAGCAGGGUUCAUCGGCCGAGAUGUAUUGGAAUUGGAGCAAUAAUCGCAAGUGUGGGGGUGUUUCUCAUAGCGAUGCCUCACUUCCUUAGUGGAAAGUAUGAAUAUACAGACUCCAAAAGCUACACCAAAUACAACAGCUCUGGCCUUUGCCAAUCAGACAGCAUUGCCACAAAUGAAGCAUCCAAUCAGACGUGCGACCGAGAAAAAAGAGACGCCCACCUAGGAGUGUAUCCGGUCCUUCUGAUGGGCCAGUUACUGUUGGGUAUCGGCGGAGUCCCCAUACAACCAUUUGGGAUUUCCUACAUAGAUGAUUAUUCAAAAAGGAGGAAUUCUCCCUUUUACUUAGGUAUACUGUUUGCAGUGACUGUAAUAGGGCCAGCAUUCGGCUACAUGAUGGCCUCUGUCCUGCUUCGUUUCUUUGUUGACAUUGACAAGAUGUCUUUGGCUGAAAUAACUCUAAGAAACGAUGAUCCCAGAUGGGUGGGAGCCUGGUGGCUGGGAUUCCUUGUGGCCGGGACGAUACUUUUGUUAACAUCUUUGCCAUACAUGUUUUUCCCUAGGAAGAUGAUCAAGGAGGAAAUCUCAGAAGCUCCAGCAGAACCAUCUUCAGAGAAAAUGACGGAGGAGAAGAAACCCCCAACUGACCCAACAGAAGACAUGUCUCUCACUGAUUUCCUAAAAAGCUUUCCCAAAAUCAUAAUGAGAACUUUGCGAAAUCCAAUUUAUCUGUUGAUAGUGCUGGCUCAGGUAAAUCUUGCUGCCAUGGUAGCAGGACUGGCCACCUUUAUGGCCAAAUUCAUAGAGAAGCAAUUCACACAGACAGCCUCCUUCUCCACCAUGAUGAUAGGUGGUUUGAAUAUUCCCUCAGCCAUGUUGGGCAUAAUGGCUGGAGGAGUUAUCUUCCGUAGAGUGAGUCUGUCCGUCAAAUCUUCUGCCGUGAUGUGCACAGCAGCGGUUUUUCUUAGCAUUGUAUCUGCACUUCCACUCCUAUUCCUCGGCUGCCCCACACAGAACAUUUUUGGCGUCAACAAUUUUAGCAAUGACCUCCAGCAGUGCAACUCAUGUUCCUGCUCUGAUGAAGCUUUCAACCCUGUGUGUGGCUCAAAUGGAAUUGAGUUUCGUUCCCCCUGCCAUGCAGGCUGCACGACAGAAGUACUCGAAAUUAAUAAAUCAAAGGUUUUGAACUACACAGGCUGUGGAUGUGUGGCAUCAGGAUCACUGGACUUUGCCACACCAGGAACAUGUGGAAGCGGCUGCGCUACCCGUCUCAUUCCUUUCAUGAUCUUCUCAUCCAUCACAUGCUUUGUGGCUUCUCUAGCUCACACUCCAUCAUUUAUGAUGAUCCUGAGGACUGUGACUCCACAGGACAAGUCCUUUGCUUUGGGAAUUCAGUUCAUGCUGUUUAGAGUGCUUGCCUUCCUCCCAGCACCUGUGCUGUAUGGACGUGCUAUCGAUAGCACCUGCAUUUUGUGGGGAAAGAAAUGUGGCCAUACAACAUCAUGUAGCUAUUACAAUUUAGACCGUUUCAGAAACAGAUUCCUGGGACUCCAGAUUUUCUUUUUAUUCGGUGGCUUCAUCUGUUUCCUUCUCUCUUUUCUGGUGCUUCGAAGGAUAAAUACACAGCCAACCGAUCAAAUAAAUGACGAGAGCAAAAAUGAAAAGUCCUUAGAUAUGAAAGAUGUCAAGCAGCCAUUGAGCACUUCAGAUGGAGAAUGCAAAACGCAAAAAUGUGUUUAAACGGCAGUAAACAGAAGGAAGGAAAACUCCAUUUAAGGACUGAAAGGAGUGAAGCAAUAACUGACAUUGAGAUCUGGAGACCUCUCAUGUUUCCUUGGUAAUCUGGCUGUACCUUAUGCAGCUCUUCAUGCUAAAACAGGCCAAGUAAAUGACACAGGAUGAAUCCCAGCCUAUUCAUUUCUGUUUACAAAUGUUUUCAAUGAAAAAGGUUUAACAAUGAAACAUACUAAUGCAGGGAACCAAAUUCUUCUGCCAAAAAACAUGUUAAUGUGUUUGUUAAACACGUCUUUACACACUGUUUAUCAGUGAGAACAAGGUAUUGGGACUGUGACACUAAAUAUGCUUUUAUACGCUUACAAUGUGAAAAUUAUGUUGUUUGAACUCACUGUUAAGUUUAGACAUGGAGCCAUGUACAUAGAGAGGUGAAUAACUAUGAAUUAUCGUUUCAGAGCCCUUUUUUAUUUCACUGCAAAAAAGACUUUCUUACUUAGUAUUUUUGUCUUGUUUUCAGUAAAAAUAUCUAAAAAUUCUUCAAUUAUUUUCUUGAUGGGCAAAAUGACAUUGUUUUUAGACAAAAAAUAUAAAAUUUAAAUGAAUUUGUGCAUAAAACAACCAAAAUAAAA